CGGCCCCGCCCCCCUGCGGCCCCGCCCCGCUCCUGCGGCCGCCGUAGGUCACGUGGGCGGCAGCCAUGGCGGCCUCCAGGUACCGGCGGUUCCUGCGGCUGUGCGAGGAGUGGCCGGUGGAGGAGAGCAAGCGGCAGCGGGACCUGGGCGCGGCGCUGCGGCUGCGGGUGGCGCAGGCGUUCCGCGAGGGGGACAACACGCAGAUUGCUGACCCUGAGGCCUGUGACCAGAUGUACGAGAGCUUAGUCAGGAUCCACACCAACUACUACAAAAACAAGUAUCCACGCCUGAAAGACACGAGCUUCACUGGAGUGACGGUAGAAGAUUGCAAGAUGAUCCUAGCAACAGAUGUUCUGAAACAGAUGGAAGACAUGAAAAAAGGGACGUGGAGAAAACUGCGAGAAAGGUUCUAUGCCAAGAAGCCCGAAGAGGACUUGAAGUGACAGGCCAGCUCCCGGAUCCUCAGCUGUAUAUACUCCUAAAGCACUGUAUGUAUGUUGCCAUGAUGAAUAAAACCAUUUAUUCCUCUUA